CAUUUGUUCCGGCCUUCACGUGAUGAGUCGAAAUCUCAACCAAAUGCGAUCCUCGAGAUCGCUUUCUCCCUGCGAUGUGGUGAAAUCUAAAAUUCCCCGACCAACUUCGAGUUUAUCCCGGAGCAGAUCCGUGUCGCGGGAUCCGUUCGUAAAGGAAGUAAUUCUUGAUAUCAAUGGACGCCCAAUAACCGCCGAAACCCCUGAACUGGAUCAGUGCCUUGAAGAACGGACAAUCGUUCAACAUCACGAGGGAGAUGCAUUGCAGAAAGCAGCUCAGCACGAGGAAAGGUCAACCCCCGACCGACUGAAUUUAGAGUCCAAUCAGACGAAAGUUGUCAGCGUUCAUCAGGAGGAACCCGAGCUUCCUAAGUACACAGGUGAUGUUAGCGCGGAUGGCACCAGGAAGAGUUGGUUCCUUACGGGAAGUAUUGCCGUGUUGUUGCUGGUGACGGUUUCAACCUUGGGUUUGAUUAUAGUUUUGAAUUAUGCACAAUUGUCGCGUAUUCUGCUACAGCAACUUCUAGGUGGCAGAAAGUCCAAAAUGCCGCUUUUCAAUAGAUUUGCGGUAUGGUCAUUCGAGAAGGUGACAAAUUUAAUCAGUUUUUUAACAGGAGACAUAUGAAAAUGUUUUACAGCGUGAAGUGGUGAUGCGCGAAAAAAAAUC